GCAGGACCCUGACCCCACGGGCCUGCUGCUCGGCAGCUGGAGCGCGCGGCCGCGGCGUCUCCGCCGACGAGCAGGGCGAUCAGGUCGGCCAGCGAGCUGAGGAACAAGGCUGCAGGAGCUACUCGCAGCGCGAGGCGAGGGCGCGACCUCUCGAGGCGCCGAGGCCACGGCCACGCGGCCCGCCAGCUGAAUCGCGGGGCGGCGGCGCGAGCGAGCGAGCGGGCGGAGGCCCUCCAGCUCCGGGGGACGACGGGGCAACUUGCAGAGCGGCCGGCGCGUCGGGCAUCCGGUACUCCGACGCCCCAGCCGGCAGCGCCACGCGUCCGCAACAGUUGAUUCAGGGCAUUUGCCAUGGAAAGAUUCGAUGAGUACGACUGCGCAUCCCCUCACUCUCACCGCGUCUCUGACUCUAUCGAGGAUCCGAUAUCUGAUGAGGAUGUCCAAGUCGAACCAACAAGGCUCUCACUGGCCUGUGCUACUACAGAAAAGAGAGAGAAGGAUAACAGAAUGGCGGGCCAUGAGGAAUCAGCCAUCUGGGAUGAAGUUCAGGAAGAAGCUGAUAAGCUAGCCCAUGUGCACAAGGAUCCUCAUGCUCAUAGUGUCUCGCUCCUAUCUGCUGGAACAAGCAAAAGUAUAUCACUGCAUCUCCCGUAUUAUGUAGAUUCUGAUAUUUCUUGGAGCAAAUGUGAAAAUAAGCUCAAAUUUUCAAUACGUGGAUUUAAUUCUAUCCUGUCAGGCGUAAAGAGUGAAAACUUGUAUGCGGGGGAGCAAGAAGUUUCGUCAGGAAUGCGACCAGCUAAAGCUAUAGAAACUAUGGUGGAUGAGCAGGUGGAAAAUAUCGAUGAAGAAACUGAAGACUUGCCCUCUGAUUUUGCCCAUCCAACCAAGAAUGCAAACAUUUCAGUUGCUGAACUUCUUGAAGAUCUACAGGAUAGAAGUGCCUCAUCUGUUAGAACACCAUUUUCGAUUCAUCAACAAAAGGAAGCUAAGGAAGGGAAGCCAAAAGUUCCGACUUCAGGGAAGAAAAUACUAGCACUUCUAGGUGAGAGGAAUCUUGAGAGUGAAGAGCCCUCGGAGCAUGCUAUUGGUGAAACGUCUAGCGAGGAUGAAGCGGAAGAUACUGUUCGAAACAACUUGACUAUGGUGAACAGAGAUGUGAAGGGAAACCGAAAAACUAUGUCUGACCUAUUCCAAGAAGCUUUCAAUGCAACAGAUACAGAGGGUACUGCACUCCCCACGAGAUCAACUGGGACUGGUUAUUAUGGAAGGAUGCAACAGAUUAUGCAGAUGGAGAAAGAUAGCCAUGCUAAGUUCUCGAGGCAGUAUAACAAAGCGCGAGAUUAUUUAGGUGAUGCAAGGGUAGUUACUGUUCAAAUUUUGUCAAUGUCCUUGGAAGGAAAACUAACAGUCUGCCUCUGCCUGUUGAAAGAAAAGAGUAACUUUCCCUUAACAGAUUGUGACAUGGAUGACAGCAGUAGUAAGAAGACCAUUAUCUUCAGUCCCAAAAUAUGUGGCAAUGUGGGUCUUGUAGAAGGAAACAUUAUUCACAUCCAUCCACCAUGGUGCCGCAAGGCUGCAAGAACUACGAGUCCUUUAGGGAUGCAGAACUUAGAAAACAGCACUGGACACUUGAGUGAUGCCCAGGUAAUAGUUAAAUACUGCAGUUCGGUCCGGAGAAUGAUGCCCAGCUCUCCUUUUCCUCGAAAAAAAAACACGGUUUUUCUUUUGUAUUAUCAGGAAAGAAGUGAAAGUAAAAGAAGAGGAGGUGAUGCUCUGCACCUACUUCUCACAUCAUCCGGCGUGAACCCAAGAAGCCGAUAUCCUUCAUCUCCGCAAGACGAGAGGGGCUGCCAAGUCCCACUGCCAUGACAGGGGUUGUUUCGCGGUAUGUUUUUACAAGGUGUAGGCGCUGGUAUAUGUACUGGGUAGAGUGUUUGUUGUAUACUUGGUGAAGAGAUGGAGCCAGUUUUGUAUGUGCCCCUGUAUGUGUUACUUGUCGCAGCUGCUGCUGCUGCAAGCAUGCACAGUAGUACUUCUCAUCGAAUCUGUAGAGUAGAGUAGAUAGGCCAAGCCUCGUAGAAGUCAAUGUUGCAUAAGACCAUUUGCCGGUGUUGCACUUGCACCGCGCACACACACACAUACAAAAAAAAAUGUUUCCAUGUGUGGAAACAAAUGUCCCUGUCAAUGUAGAGUAGAUUUUUCUUUUGUUGCUCCCAGACAUAUGUUGAAUAUAUCUUGUGCCUCCACCUGUAGCACAUACCGGAAUCGACUUUACAUGUUGAUUGA